ACAUCUCUUGAGGAUUACACAUUCAACCAUCUCUUGCGAGCUGAAAUGAAAUACGCAGUAGUUAUUUUCGUCUUCUUCGGUCUUGUCUGUUUGUCAAGACCUGCAACAUAUGAAGAUAAAUAUGAUAAAAUCGAUCUAGAUGCCAUAAUCAAGAAUGAAAGGCUUUUUAAGACUUAUGUGAAUUGCUUGCUCGACAAAGGGCCUUGCAGACCAGAUGGAUUAGAGUUGAAAAAUAACUUGUUGGACGCCCUCCAGACAGAUUGCCAAAAAUGUACGACCGCACAAAAAGAUGGAUCUAGGAAAAUUAUCCGUCACCUCAUCCAGAACAAGCGUGAAUGGUGGAAUGAAUUGGAAGCCAAAUAUGAUCCUAAGAAAGUUUAUGUCACCAAAUAUGCUGUUGAACUGAAAAAGGAUGGAAUAGUUUUAUAAGAUGAUAAACAAUUACUUUCUAUGUUCCUACUUCAUUGAAUGCAACAAGAUGUGAUCAGUAAUAAUUAUUAGUAGAUUAAAAUUACUGCAUUUUAUUAUGAAUUGUAAAUGAUAUUUUCUUAUCUCAUUGAAUUGUUCGAAUAAAAAAAAAUAUUAUACUUC